GUUGAAGAGUACACCUACCUAGCAACAACUUCACUAUCUAGAUUGCCAAUGCCGACAAAUUUAUGAACAAGCCGUGGGCCGAACCUCCAGGUGGCCAAACUACCUGGGCCGAAUUCCUGAUGGAGGCCGCAGGAUGGCUGCGAGACUAUGUCACGGCGAUAAAACACGGCCGGGUCCAUCCCUUCACCGCCGUUGAACGAAAGGUUCGCGCUGCCACGCGUAAUGAGCCAUGGGGCCCUACCGGGACCAUGCUUAACGAGCUGGCUGAGCUGUCGUAUGGCAUGGACCAGGUCCAAAUCAUGUUUGCGGUCCUGGACUACCGGAUACGCAGCCCGGAGCACAAGUGGCGCUGCACGUACAAGGCCCUGCAGGUGCUGGAGUUCCUGCUCAAGCGCGGCAGCCCCGCCUGCCUGACCGCCGCGGCGGAGCUGGUGGUGCCGCUGGCGGCGCUGGCCAACUUCCAGUACGUGGGGCCGGACGGCCGCGACUACGGCCUCAACGUGCGGCUCAGGGCCGAGGCCGUCAAGGCCGCCAUCCUGGACAGCGAGGGACUGGCGCAGCAGCGGGCGGCACUGGCGGCCCGGGCCGACGCCAUGCGCUUCGCGGGCUACUCCCGAGCCGACAUGGCGGCCACCGCGGGCGCAGGGGCGCCAGGGGCGGCGGCGGCAGCAGGGCCUGGGGGGCAGCUGCAGCUGCCAGGGGCAGCAGGGCUGCCGGGGGCGGCGGAGGCGGCGGCGGGCGGUGGGUACGGGUCUGCGCCGCUCGGCCCAACUGCCGGCAGCCAGGCGGCGGCGGGCGGCUACCGGCCGCCGAAUGCCCUGGGCACAACGCAGCCUGCGGGCGGCGCCGCCGGCCUGCGUAACGCGGGCGAGACCAAGGGCGUCACGUUCGAACAGAACAAGCGGCAGUUGGAGCAGCUGAGGCAGCUCACCAUGGCGGAGGGCAACCGCACCUGCGCGGACUGCGCCUCCGCCGCCGCCGCCGCGCGGCCCACCUGGGCCUCCAUCAACCUGGGCGUGUUCAUCUGCAUGAAGUGCGCCGGCAUACACCGGGGCCUGGGCGUGCACGUGUCCAAGGUCCGCUCCACCACUCUGGACACGUGGCUGCCGGAGCAGGUGGCGACCAUGGCGAGGCUGGGCAACCGCAGGGCCAACGCGCACUUCGAAGCGGGGCUGGACCCCGCCAUGCGGCCGCAGCGGGACAACGCGCUGGAGCUGGAGAAGUUCAUUCGGCUCAAGUACGCUGACAAGGUGUGGGCGGCGCACGGGACCUGGCCGCCGCCCCCGGAGGACGGCCCCACAGCGGCGGCGGCAGCAGCCGCACCCGGGUCGACGCAGCCGGGCGCCGACGGCCAGCGCUACCCGGCUGUCGCCGCCAGCGCGGGCGGCGGCUUUGGCGACGCACCGCCUGCAUGGGGCUCAUUGGGCAUGUCGCCACCCGGCACGGCGCAGCCGGCGGCCGCAGCCGCAGCUGAGCACGCGCACACCAACGGUGUCGCGCACUCACAACAGCAACAGCAGCCGCGGCGGCUACUGGUGCCGCCACCGCCAGGCUCCGGCCAAAAACAACACCAGCAGCGGCACCAGCAGCAGCAACAGCAGCAGGCGGCGGAGCAGCAGCUGCUGCUCAUGGCACUGGACAGCGACACGGAGGAGGACGGCGACGAGAGCGGCGAGGGCAGCGGAGGAGGCGCAGGCGGCGCAACGGCGGGCGGGGGGCGCCGCGGCGGCUCGGGCGGUCGCGACCGGGCAGGUGGCGCGGGCGGGCCGCAGUCCGCCUCCACCUCGGCCGCUUCUGCGGGCGGCAAUGCGGCGCUGUGGGAGCUACUGGACCCCACCCUGGACGUCAUGACCUGGCUGGACCGGGUGGAGGGAGGGGGGGCAGCAGCGGGAGGGGCAGGGGGAGCGGGAGGGGGAUGGGGAGCAGCAGCAGCAGGAGGAGGUGCCGCGGCGGCAGCAGCGGGGGCAGCAGCAGGGCCGGCAGGGGUAGGGCCAGGCGCAUACGGGGCGGCACCGUCGCCGCUGCCCCAGCAGCAGCAGCAGCGCACUGCCAUGGCCUCGCCGGCACCUGCACCGGCACAUGCAGGUGCAGCCACCCCGCUGUUCGACUUCGGGUCUUCAGCCUUCCCGCCGCCCGGCAGCGCCGCACCAGCAGCCGCGCAGCCCGCGCCACUAGCCCCCGCACCCGCUCCUCGACCCUCGCCAGUGCCUGCGCCGGCGUUCGCUCCCGUUCCCACCGCCGCGGCCCACGCACGCCCUCCCGCCACCGCUGCGGCGCCGCCGCCUCAGCGCACCGGCGCCUCCCUGGGCUCCGCCUCCUCCGGCGUCAUCCACACCUCCGAGUUCCCCGUGUACGACCUACUCACGCCCAACCCCACCGGCGGCGGCUUCGGGCCGCCGUCGGCGGGCGGCGGCGUGGCGGGCGCGGCGCAGCGCGCAACGCCUCAUUUUGCCUCGCCGCCGCCCCACUACCCGAGCCACCACUUCCAACAAGCGCAGCAGCAGGGCGGCGCCGGCGGAGGCACGGCGCCGGGCAUGUCGGCAAUUUCGUCGCCGCCGCCGCCGCAAGCAAUCGGCUACGCCGCCCCGCUGCAUGCGCCGCAGCCGCUGCAGCAGCGGCCCGCGCACAACCACCACUUCCCCAGCAACGGCAGUGCCGGCGGCAACGCAGGCGGCGCUUUCGUUGCGGGCGGCAACCCCGGUGCUGCCAGCGCCGCCGUGACCAGCGUUGUAGCCGGCAGCGGCGCGGGGGCGGCUGGCGGGUUCCCGCUUGCGGCGGGCGUGUGGCCGCCCGCGGGGCCGCAGGGCCCGGGCGCUGUCGCAGGCCGUGGCGGUGUAGGCAUGAGGGCCAUGGCGGCGGGCAAUGCCGGUGGCGGCGGCAUGGCGGCCGCUGGCAAGCCAGCCGCCGCGCCGGCGGGCGCUACAGCCGGUACGGCCGCUACUGCUGCUGCUGCUACUGCCGCGGCGGCGCCCGCCGGCCCGCCCGUCAACCUGGACAGCCUGCUGGCGAUGCAGCUGGACGGACUGGGGAGCUCGCUGGCGGGGGGCGGCGGCGCGGCCGGGCGGCAGGCCAACGGCGCGGCGCAGGCGCCCUGGACAGUCAGCCCGGCGGGCGUGCGGGGGCGGCACUAGGCGCCCGCCGCCGGGGCCGAGCUGGCAGGCGGCAGCUCUGCAGCUUGUAGCGGGUUGGGGCUGGUGGGCACGUAGCUGUAGGCAGUAGGAGUGAGUUGGGCGCAGCCAGGGGCCGCGGAGCUGUCGAACGCUCGCGUGUAUAUACUACGUUGCGUGGCGUGGCGCUGCUUUGGCUGCACGGCACUUGGCAGACGUCAUGUCAGUUGCUGGAGUCGCAUCGCCCCUGAUGGGCGCUCGGCUUUCAUAGCCGGGCUUUUGCAAUAGUUAUGCAAAGGGGUUUUAGCCUAGAAUGCAGUCUACCGUCUCCAUGAUCGAUAGCUUUGUGUUAUAAAACGUUGCUUAGGCAGGUGACUGUGUGGGGCGCGUGUAGCUUGUGCGGCUUGCUGGGGGCGUUGGCGCGAGGCGUGUGUGUGAACGCUGUCGAGUGCAACCUGACGCAGCGCACGGAGGGCCGGAGAGUACUGUAUUGGGCGCUAGCAGGCGUCCCGGCUAAAAUGUCUGCAUGACAGCCAAAGCAUAUUGCUGGGGGUUUGGGGGUGCGGUGCAUGUGGAGUUGCGGUGUCGUGCGGUGCGGUGCCUGCUUGCUGGUGAACUGACAUAAAAAACCGGAGGAGAGGAAAGCAGGGACAUCCGCCACAUUGGCACGACGCUGAAUUGGGUGUAAGCCUUUACUUAA